CAAAUAAAAUGAACCAAUUAUUAAUUCCUUAUUGCCUCAUGAUGUCGUCUUAUAUACAUUUAUUGCUUUAUUGCUAUACAUUUACGUAACAAUGAAACGAGGACGUGUUGGCGGUGGAUAGUAUUGGAUAACAUCACGAGCUGUGCUUGAGCUCUGACGAUGUAAAAGAGAGUCAUGGGAGGCAAUUUCGCAAUUUCUCCAGUGUUUGGUAUGCAGACUUUUUAUGCAUUGAGUAACAAACUGUUCGAUUUGGAAGGCCCAGAUUCUUUCUUGCAACAUGUUGCUGGGUAUAAGAGUCCCACGAUAACCUCAAAAGCUGUCUACAAUGGUGCUAAGAAAUCAGAAAAUACUUUUACGCCCUGUAUACAUUCAGACAUCCGUGCCUCGGUGCACUUACUCUCAGCUAUAUAAGUUUUCAAAUACAUAAACCUCCAAAUCAAGAAUCUACUGCCAAAACGUUUCAACUCUUCAACCCUUCAAUACACAAUGUCGAGCUCUUCAUUCCAGAGAAACUCAAGUAGGAGGCAAGCAUAUGAAGCUGGUCAAUCACCCUUCGAGCUACUUCCACCUGAACUUCUUCAAAAGAUCCUUGGGAAUUUGGAAUUGAAAUACGAUCACAAAGAAGGCGGUUCAAGCAGUGGUAAGACUAUACCUUCAAUACCUACCAUUAAACUCAAUAUAAUAUUGACAUCUCGUAGAUUCCAGUGAAAUCAACUGUCCACAUUUGGAAAGACCUACUUUAUUUUCAUGUCUUCGUGUAUCAAAAGCCAUUUACAUGAAUGCACUUUUCAUUACCUAUCGAAGUGUUACGGUUACUCACAUGUCCGCAUUUAACCAUAUACUUGCUCAACUUACCCAGAAUCCCAUCUUGGGAAGAACUAUUCGACGUCUUGAUUUCUCCGAGCUGAAAACUGCACGUCCAAUGAGAGGAUUUUCAAAUUCUCUUUACGGAAUGGUUUCACUCGCUCCACAUCUUCGAGAAUUCCGACUUCCGAGGGAUACCAACCUAAAUGGUUUUUUGAGCGGAUCCUUACUUCGACUUCUUUUUGUUGGGUUGCCACAUCUGAAGACGUUAGAUCUGGGCAAUUGCACAUCAUCAACACUGGGAUGCAUACCUAGCAUACUCGAUCGUCUACCAAAGGCUGCUUUACUUCCGAUCAAAUCAUUAUCCUUAGAAAAUUGCACGGCUCUACCGGCUUCAACCUUCGACUCGCUAUUUUCACGACUCGGCUCCAUACAAUCGAUGACGUUAUCACACACUCAUAUCACGACAGAGGCUUUACAACUUCUGCCUCCUACUGCUAGAAUUUCACAUCUAGCAAUCAAUCAUUGUCCAUUACUUGAAGACGUCUCUCUUGUCGACUUUGUAACAUCUCAUCCGUCUGUGAAGCAUACAUUGGUAUACCUUGAUGCCUCGGUUGACCUUACGGUUAGUGAAGAGAUCAAGGAAAAGGAAACAGAGUUGCUCUUGAGAUAUGCACCAAGGACAAUCAAGACUCUCAAGCUAAGAGGAUGGAAGAUGGGUUCAGCUUGCGUCGCUCAGCUCAAGAGUUUGAAUCAAACCAUAGAAGAGCUAAGCAUAGGCACUGGCCUCCGCAUGCGAGACCUCGAAUCUAUUUUUCUAGAUGACGAAGACAAUGACUCCCGGAAUCAGGAAGAUGCAAUCGAUUCAUCAGAGAUCGACUCAAAAUAUACCACUGUUCUCGAACCUAUGGAACGUGCAAUUGCGAUUACCAAGUUACGACGAAGGAUCUCCAUUACUCCAUUGCCUACUUUUACUGGCGCGAAACACAGCUUGAGAUAUCUUGACAUCAGGGGAAUGACAUUGGCAGAACAGAGUAAGAUUCGCUCUUCAAUCUUACUAGGCAAACAGUCAAUGGCACUAGAUGUAAUCGCUGUGAACGAUAGGUUGAUGGAUAGAGAAGGAACACUGAAAGAAAUAUGCGCAAGCGUAGGAUGGAAUUUAAAGCGAGAUGGUAGAAGGUGUCUCUUGGUUAGACGAAAAGCUUGAUGUGUUUCGAGAAAAGACAUGCAUAGAACUCGUCGUUCAUUGUUGUGAUGGAAUUAGGUUAAGGGAAUGGGUUACGAUCACAGGGCACACGGCGUUCAAAAACUCAAAAGCUCAAAAUUAUUGAAUUGGGAUUGAUACCACAUCAAUUUAUGUAGUAAUAUUUAAUAAAUUUCAAUUUCCGUAC